AUGAGCACUCCCACGACAGGAACUCCAACUAUGGAGGUGAAGGUGGUCUCCCAGGAGAUGGCAUUGCUUAGCAACAUACUGGCAGCUUACACCUUCAUUGCAGACCAACCUGAGAGGACUGCCUUGGUGUUUCUGGGCGGUGUCUGUGUCGGCCUCCUUGUCACACUCUGCGCCAUCGUCUUCCAAAUACACUGUCGAGCAGACUGUCACUAUGGCAACAGUAAGCAUCCUCACAAUCGCCACAGGAACAGGCAUCAUCACCGUCGCCAUCACGGCUGUCCCCUCCAUCAGGCCACUGACAGUAAUCCAGACAACACUGCUGUUGUUGCCGCUGGAGGGACGGGGCCCACUGGGGACAGUGAAUCAGAGGACUGGGAUGACACGUCUGACCUGUCGGCACGGAGACGCAGACGCUUCGAGAGAGCUCUGCUGCACGCCAGCAUGUUCACAUCAGCCGAGGAGCUGGACCGGGCCCAGCGGCUAGAAGAGCGGGAACGGAUUCUCCGAGAGAUCUGGAUGAACGGACAACCAGACAUCAGUACAGUCACUCAAAGUCUCAACAGAUAUUACUGACGCACAGUCAAACAGGCAGAUAGUCAGGAGGACACGGAGCCUGACAGGCGGGCAGACGGAUAAAGGAACAUAAACAAAAGAAAAAACACUGGAUGAAAUGAAAAUAAACCAUCAGAUCGGGAGCACUGUCUUCACUGCACCAAAGAGACUCUUACAGAUCAAACUACUAGUGACAGUACUGCCGAGAGCGGCUCCCUCCACUCUGUAAACAACAAGGGAAACAUAUGAGUUGUGAUGGCUCACUCCUCCAAAACAACAAGAUGACACUGAAGUGUUGGGAAGAAGAAUGUCCUCGUGCCCUGAAAAGCCAACAAGUAAAGACACAACGUACCUACAGAGCUCACAAAACUACACAAGGGAUUUUAUAACUUUAAAUAUUUUAACAGGUGCUUUUGAGAAAUGUGGAGGUACAUAAAAAAGAAUGGGAGGCAUUAAGGAGGCUGCAGUGCUGAUGCUGUUCAUGAGUGUAUGGAUUCAAAUAUCAGUGAUAUUUUGUUGUUGCACUUUUCUCAGCUCACCAUUCUAUUGGUGCGCACUGGAAUUAAAGACUGAAAUGAGGAGGUACAGAAGCUCAAUGCCAAGAUACAUUUACACAUACUGGUGCUUUUACUGCUGUAACUCUAUAUCCCCAGAUGGUGGUUGAUAAAAUAUGUAGGAUGUACGUCUGUUGGUUGCAUCUGUUGGCUGGAGGCUGAGCAGCACAGGUGUUGCUGCACAUGGACACAGGACAGCUGGUCAUCAUGUCUGCAGCCCAGUCGCCAGAGGAAAAUCAUCACAUUGUUCUUUGCUGUAAACCAUGAAUACGUUACAUUUACAUGUUUCAUACGAAUCACAUCAGUGUUUCUGAAAUGAUGUCAUAUAUCCUCCCGAGACCCUCUGUCCUCACAUUUUGGGUUUACUUGACCUUAUACUUCAUUCUACUUAACUUAGACCUGUUGUCCUUGUUUGUGGACACAUUUUUGUGCCAUCUAGUGGUAGUAAGAGCACAGUAUACUAAUCCAUGUAAAAACAAGAUGGCAGCCAUCUCUGCCAAGUCAGUCUGCAGCCGAUCCCGACACAAAAGUGGACAAGGUCCUAAACCUGAUCACAUUUUAUGGUUGAAACAUGUUUAUUUAUGAUUAAUAGUGUUUGCAGUUUGAUAUGGCAACAAAUUUGAUCAAUUUUAGCAACAGUAACAAAACAAGACGCUGUUAAUUAGGAAGUACUGUUUUAGGACAUUGGGACUUAAUCGUUGACAGUGUUUAGUUUUUUUAUACUUUUCGGGUAUAUUUAUCCCAAAUUGAUAGGAGAAAUUAAAAAUGCAAACAAAACAAAAAUUCAGGUCUCAGGAGGAUAUAAGCUGCCUUUGUUAUCGGGAGGUAAAGGGGAUGAUGGAUGGCGUGUCACCUAGAUGAGACGUCUGCAGCACUGCUAAAAACCUACAAACAACACACCAACUGUUUUGGGGCAAUCCUUCACGACGUUUUCACCGGUGUUUGUGAAACCAGACCUGGGUGUUUUCUACCAACACACUGUGAUGCUUGAUCCACGGAACCUAGGUGUUUUUUUACAGACCUGUCCUUGCUUUUCCAGAGGCUCUUGUGCAACUAAACAUUUUUUUUUAAAGCCGAUCAAGAUGUUUUUGGAAUCAUGACCAAGUGGUUUUUGUGCCUAAACAUAACCACACCUUAAUCACUACAAAAUAAUGUACAAAUGUAAUGUAUUCAUGGUUUUCAAAAAUUUACAAUGCAAAAAAAAAACCUUCUGGUGACUGGGCUGAU